AUGGAAAUCAUUGGCCGUAUAGCAGAAUUUGUUGCUGGUGAUCCUCCAAAACCUCUUGAUGGUAUCGAUAAUGAAAGUAUAUGGGAAGCUUUAAUAAAUACUAUUUCAAAUGAUAAAAGCAGAGCUUUAGGAAUAUAUUUCAACGUUUUUGCCGAAUAUGCUGAUAAAUGCCCAGAAUUCCGUCAAUAUAGAUCAAAGUCAUUAGACGGUUUCAUUAAUAUUGCAUUUAAUCAAUCGAUAGACAUAGAACAAAGAAAAAAAGCAUUUUCGACUCUAAUUAUUUUAAUUCCAUUCUUACCACGUGAGUUAAUAGUCGAAAUAAUAGUCCAAUCUUUACAAUUUUUCACAUUACUUGUUGAAAAAUCCAACAAAUUACCAUUAGAUUUCAUUUCUUUUUACGAAGACUUAAUUGUAAAAGAUUUAGCAAGUGAAUCUCGUGAAGUAAUAAUGAAAACUUUCAUUGAUAACAUUACUAAUGGCAAUUCUCUUGCUUCUUUAUCAUGUUUCGGUCCAAUUUGCGAAGAUAUGUUUGUCUACUUUCCAAAUCAACGAGAAAUAUUUACAAAUACAAUGGAUGACUUCUUUUCAGACAGUUUAAUUGAAAAAUCCUCGGCAGUUCUGUUUUUGAAAUAUUAUAUUCCAUUUUUAUGCGAAGAUGGUGAAUAUUCAUCCCAAACACCAUAUUUCAUUGAGACUUUGGAUGAAUUUUUAGCAUACGAAGACGAAACAAUUACUAAAUUAGCAUUUCAAACCUUUUUGAUGCUGAUCAAAUAUGAUUUCAUCAAUGAAACAACUGUUGACUCCAUUCUUCUUUUAGUUGACAAAUACACUUCAAAACUUUCUCUGAAAUAUUUUUUCCAAAUUUUAUCUUUUUAUUCAAAUCCAACUUAUGAUGAAGACACACCUGUACAAGAGGAUGAAUGUAACUAUAAUAUGGAAGUUGUAUCUCAAAUUACAACAUUUUGUACAGAAAUAAUGGUCGAUGAAAAUAAAUCUCCUUUAUUAAGAGGAUUUUGUAUUGAUUUGCUUUCAAAUAUAUCUGAAAUUGAUUUCACGUUUGUUGAACCAAUUUUUCAGCAAAUUUUGAAAAUUAUUCAAAAUAUGAUACAAAAUAAAUUAUAUGAAUCAUAUUAUUUAUUAAGUUCAUUCUUAGUAACUGUUUCUAGACUUGAGAAGUCGGAAUCUUCAGCAGCAAUUGAUUUUUCAUUACCUGAAUUUGUUGAUUCUCUUGAAAAUGGAAAGAUUACUGAUAUUGAUGACCAAUGCGCUCUAUUAUCUGAUAUAUGUACUGUUAUAUCAGAAGGAUUUGGAAAAAACGAUUUAAAGUCAAAAAUUUUGAAAAUUUGUUUUAAUUUAAUUAAUAAUGAAAAUCAUUCAGCUUUAUUUGCAGCAUGCAACUGUAUAAUUUUUUUAAGACAAAUUAUAUCUCAAGAAGCCGCAAAAGAAAUUUUUAAUAAUAUUUAUCAAAGACUUGAUGAAAUGGAUGAGAAUAAAGGUACAAACAUGAUAUUGCAUACUCUUAGAAAGCUAAUGACUAAGUUUGGCAUUGAUAUUGGUUUAAUUGAAAAAAUUAUAAUUCGAAUUCUUUCAGGAGAUGUAAAAGCAUUAGAAGGAAAGCCUCCGACAGAACAAAUACCUCCUGAUUCGUGUUAUUUCAUGUUUGUUCAGACAUUUAUUGAGAAAUUAUCUCAUAAAUCACCAAAAAUCAGAGAAAUUUGUUCUUUGAUUAUUAAUUUGUUAGAAACUGUCAAGAUUUCGUCAGCUGCUUUAAUGUUUCCUAUUGUAAAUGCUUGUAUCAAUUCAGCUAUUGUUGAUAGAAAUAAUGCAGCAAAAAUUGUUGUUUCUAUGGAUAGAUUAAUUCAGAAAAUUUUUCCAACUGAUGCUACUGAAAUUUUCGUAUUUGCCGAAUCACUUUUUUGUCUUUCAAAGGCAUUUAAUGGUAUUUUGAAACCUGCUGAACGAUAUUUCAAGAUUUUUGUUGAAUCAGCAAUGGUUAUUUGUCAAUCAGAAAAAGAUGAAGAAAUCGAAUUAUUAAUUCAAGCAAUGCCAACUGUUUCAAGGUUUAUUUUAAGUGUUUGUGCUGAUAAUGACACGAAAUGGACAAAUACUGUUGAAAAUGCUUUUAAUAUUUUCUCAAAGAUGAUGCCGUUCGAUGAUAAAGAUACAUUUAAUGAGUUGUUAAGUUAUAUGAUAACUAUAUCUCAGAGAAAUGAUUUACCAAAGAAUUGUUUGUUGCAAAUUUUGAAAGUUUUCACAAAGAUACUUCUUAUGGAUAAAAGAGAUACUGAUGAAUACGAAGUUACUGCUGAAUCAAUGAUGACUAUGAAGAAUAUACUCAAAAAAGAAAUCAAAUCUGAUGAAGCAUUAUCAAAGAUUAUUAUUGAAGAUUUCAAGUCAUCGAGAUCCAAAGUUGCUAGGUUUAAUGCUAUGAUUAGAUAG